AUGGAGCAUGCAUUGACCGUGGUCAAGCAUUGUCCACCGGGAUCCCGGAAUUGGUUGCUUCAUGCUCGGUACGUGCGCGGUGAACACACAGCAUGUAUGGAAAUAGCUGAUGACCUGCAGCGUGCCACUCAGAACAAUCACAGAUAUGCUUAUUUUGUAAAGGGCUUGGUGCUCAUGGAUACAGGCCGUUACCAGGAGGCAUUGGAGCGGUUCCACAGUUGUAUCAGGCUGCAGCCACAAGACCCUGAAUCUUUGAAGGAAGUCGCCAAAUUUCAUCAAGAUAGAUUUCAGCUGUCUCUAGAAGCAUAUUUGGAAGCUGACAAAUUAAGUAAACAUCCGGAUCCUGAAAUAUAUUGCGCUCUAGCGGAGUGUGCAUGGCGAUUGGGUGAUUCUGAUCGGGGAGCGGAGUGGGCACGUGCGGCGGUGCAGGCAGGCGGCGGGGAACGUGCUGCGUCGUUACAAGCACGUUUACUGCUUGCCACGGGAGAUGUAGCCGGUGCUCUGGCAGCAUACGAUCAAGCUCUCGCUAGCGAUGCAUGUGGAGCAGAUACACUAGCCUCUGCAGGAGCCUUGCGAUUAAGAGCUGGUGAUCCUCGACGUGCUUUCCAACUUCUCGGUGCUGCACUCGCACAGCAACCGACGCAGCAUGCGGCAGCUCUAGCCCUCGCUGCUAUGAUGAUGCAGCACCGGGACGUUGAUGCUGCUCUAUCAAGGCUCAAAGCGGCUUUAACAGCCCACCCUACUUGUGUGGCUGCCCAUACUAAUCUAGGGCUCGCGCUGAUGGCUAAAAAGAAAUAUGUCGCGGCCUUAACUUGUCUCCAACGGGCAGCGAGUGCGGCGCCGCUGAGCGCUUGGGCGGCGCAUGACUUAGGUCUGGCGUUACUCGUGUGCAGGAGACCUGCCUCCGCUUUCUGUAGAUUAGCCGCAGCAGCUGCAUUGCAACCUUCGCAGCCAUACACGGUUCUGCUGAUCGGUGUGGCACUUGAGCGGUUGGGCGAUAAUCGAGCUGACUCUGCGUACGCAAGAGCCGCAGCUUUGGAUCCUGAGAAUGCUUUGAUCAGGCUCAAUCUGGCUGGGAGGCAUGCGCGAGCUGAUCGUCUACUGGAAGCCGUAGAGGAGUCUGCUGUUACCGCAACUCUGUUGCAGAAAGAUGAGAGGCCAGAUCCACACUUGGCGAGUAUGCUAGCAACCUUGCUCGCUCAGUUGCGCUCAGCUGGGGUGGAGUUGUCUCGGUUGCCAACCGACAUACCAGCAGCUGAGGUUCCCUUGGUUGAUACUGUGGCAACCCCUGAUGAAGAUUUGGCUACUGAUGAAGUUUAGCUCAGUCUAGUUUUAUAUUAACUGUGGCUCAAAAAGAAACUAGUAUAAAUUAACAUGACACCUGAAGACCUAUUCUGAAAUGAAAUUUCGUCUAUUUCGGAAUUACCAAUAUGACUCAAACAACAAGAUUAUAAGAACGAAAUUUUCCGAUUUUCUAUUUAAGGAUAAAUAAAAAAGGCAUUCAGGUGUCAAGUUAUUUCGUACGAGUUAUAAUAUAAAGAGUAUAAUAUAUAUAAAGAGGUAUUCUUGUUAAAUAAAGCAAUUGUAAA